AUGGCUUUGGGAUUCUUCUCUCUCGCUCUCUUCCUUUACCUUAGCCUCGAUCCAGAUUCCGGCUACACAACUCCUGCCUCCGCCGCCGCAUCUGCUAAAGAAGGUGUCGAGAUUACUUAUGGUAGUGCGAUUAAGCUGAUGCACGAGAAAACCAAAUUUCGACUACAUUCUCACGAUGUACCGUACGGAUCCGGAAGUGGUCAGCAAUCAGUCACUGGUUUUCCAGGCGUUGUUGAUUCCAACAGCUACUGGAUUGUUAAACCUGUGCCUGGAACAACAGCCAAGCAAGGUGAUGCUGUCAAGAGUGGAGCUACCAUUAGAUUGCAGCACAUGAAGACUAAAAAAUGGCUCCACAGUCAUCUGCAUGCAUCUCCUAUAUCAGGAAACUUAGAGGUUAGCUGCUUUGGAGAUGAUUCAAAUUCCGAUACUGGAGAUCAUUGGAAGCUUAUAAUUGAAGGGAGUGGGAAGACGUGGAAACAAGACCAAAGAGUCAGACUUCAACACAUAGACACUAGUGGCUACCUCCAUAGCCAUGACAAGAAGUACCAACGUAUAGCCGGUGGUCAACAAGAGGUCUGUGGAAUCCGGGAGAAGCGGGCGGAUAACAUUUGGUUGGCAGCAGAAGGAGUCUACCUUCCCCUGAAUGAGAGCAGCAAGUAA